AGUGAAACAGCGCAGAAGCUUGAAUGGUGCACGGAAAGAGUGUGCAGCGGCCCGGUCGAUCCAGAGAAAUGCCAGCCCAGCACCGGCGGACAGCCUGCAUGCUCAGGUGAUGCAAGGGGUCUGCACCUCGGAGCUUGCACCUCGUCUCAUCACCAAGAGACGGCUUUUACCAAUUGUCUUCAAUCCUCGUGUCAAGCUCAGACAUCUUAUCAGCUGCCGACCAUCAUUAAGGCACCAAACGAUCUCAGAUACCCAAUGGCGGACAUGGUGCUCGACUGCAGCCUUGUGGCCCAACAUCAGUGCCACUUCAUCGCGACAAAACCUGGAUGGGACUUCUCCCUCUUUAUUUGUGGCAUCAAGGGCCUGAUAUUGUCACAGGAGAGAUGAGAUACGCGGCUCUCACCAAAAGCACAAACCCGGUGCAGUCCGCAGGUUGGGUAUAUCAACUAUCGAUGUGCCAAGCCAUGGGGUUAUAGACACACUUCCAGCCCAAGUCGAAAAUCGACUGCACUCGAUCUUUGUAACCACAGCAUUGACAGCAGCUGCAUCCUCGGAAGCGAAUUAACUCUCUGUUUCCCAGAAGAUCAGCUGAGCCGAAGGGAUGAAAUGGUUGCAAGUUUUCAUUUAUGCUGGGCUUACAGCCAAGCCUCUCUCCUGUCAUCACUCGGACACUCCUCGUCCAAGGUUGCAAGACCGUACAAGUAAAUACUGACAUCAAGAGAAGGCUGUUCCCAUUAUACGAGGUUUGUGGAAGCACUUACAGGUAUUUGCAGUUUUGCACAUCACAUAUCCCAAUGCCGGAAGAAUGGAGGCUGGGUGAUGUAGUAUCACCGCAAUUUAUUUCAACGUCUCGUCGAAAAUCCGCCCCAAGACCGCAUACGUAGUUGGGGGCUAUACAUGUUCAAGGCGGCAGUUUCGCAUUAUAUAUCUAGCCCCCCAUCAUCUCUUGUAGCAGGCCUAGGCGCAUCUUCUAUGGAGCACGAGGUUGGGACGAAAGGCCCGAGGGGGCGAUCCGUGAAUUUGCGGACGAGACAGUACACAGACGACAUUAUUCAUGUGCCAGCUCCCUGCUUCUCAGUCUGCGAUACUGCCUAUCUUGAGGCGCAGAGGGUUGGCAAAGAUCCAGAGUUGUGCGAAGAGGACUCUGUGUUCUACAGCUCAUACAAUGAGUGUAGAAUGUGUAUUCGCGACAUGAGCGACUAUGGCAUGUACGGGAUUACGGAAAGAGAAUAUCUCACGCCUACUUUCCAACCGUGGUUGGAUUACUGCGAAUCAUUACCACCCGUUCAGUACAUGACCAGCACCGAUAUGCCAACCAGCACACCAACCACCCCAGCGACCAUCGUUAAGGUCCCUGAAAGUACGGACAAACCUGUCAUCGACAUCAGUCCCGCCACUUCACCCCAAACACCCAGGGCAGCACCCAUACCCAGCACACCGCCUCCUAACGAAGAGCCCAUUGCGCCAUCCACUGUAUCACAACCGACGUUCCGUUACCUAGCGAGCCGUCUUCUCCUCCCACUCCUGCAAGUUCCCCAGGGAGCAGCCCAACCAACGCCAGAGGUACUGCUCCAUUAUCCUGUAUGUCAGCGCCAAUACCACGGGUUUGGUCCCAUUGUUAUCUGA